AUGUUCAUGACUGGAGUCUUUUCCGGCAUUGGCUUCAAUGGUACAGACCCGGAACAGGAACGAGACGCGCCACCAGCUGCAACACCAGUGGUGUUCCCACAACACGAGCCACGUUCUAGCAGGAAAUGGAAGGAAUCAGGACCGCCAUUGAGGGAACUGUUCUCCAAGGUUCGAGGGCCGACCGACAUCUCUACCCGCCAUGUUCAAGCACUCAACGUACGGCACAAGCACACGUCUUCUCCAGAUGAGCUGAUCCCGCUGGCACCGGAUGGAAGCUCAUACUUACCUCCGCUCACUGCUGAGCAAGCCAUCACUCCGUCUACAUAUGCAGAGGCCAAUAAGAUUGAUUCAGUCUCUGCCAAGCGACGAAAGGCUUUCGAUGAGCGCUUGGCUGAACUCCAGAUUGAGAAUGACGCUGGCUAUCGGAAUAUCAACAGAACGACGAAACCUGGGGUGAAGCCGCCACGGGUUGCUUGGUUGCGCAAGUUUUGGGAAGGUCUGGAGAGCAUGUCACAAUACUGGGACACAAGCUUGGAUGAGUACUACGGCGGUCUUCCAGCUCAUCUGCCAGCUCAGGCAAGUGCAGAGAAAGGACAUAAGCGGCAACGGACCAAUUCUAGUCAUCCGAGCUCUGAAGUCACAGUGCCCAUCUUUGGACCCGAGACGAAACGACCGCCUGAGCCUGAAGAUUGUCCGUCUGUUGACGAAAAGCUAGCGUCGAAAUUGCAGGAUGAUGCAGCGAAGACACCACUUCCUCAAGUGGAUGAGGAUCUAAAUCGUGCCUCCGAACACGACAAUGACCGUCUCUCGAGAUCGAAGAGUGCAACUCCCGAGCCGCAGUCAUGUCUGCGCUACAAAGGCUAUCGGAGAGCAUCAGGUCGAGACAUGCCAGACCAGUUUCGGACAGACACGAUUCGCGCCCUCGUAGAAGCGGCAUGCUGGGCGUUCGACUGCAAAGUUGAGACUCCACGGAAGAUGCCCAUCGUGCAGAUGAACAAGCUGAACAUUCCUGUAAGGCAGACAGCGCAGGUAUAUCGCAUCCCAAGGGACCGAAGCAAGAUCCGGGUGGGACACCUUGAAGGGCCGAUGCUCACAGUCCAGGUCAGACCAGAGACCGACUUCCACGCGCCAGGAAUCGAUCAAGCACACUCGGCAAUGAGGGACAGGCUGGAUCUCAUGCGAGAGAUUGGAGGGCUCCUCCAGUGCGCUCAAGAGCGGAGGCGAGAAGGUAAAACGGAAGUGCGAUCCGGCGAGGGCAAGUGGUACACGACCAAGCCAAGAUGGGGUGGCGGAUCCGGCGGGGAGGUUGAGAAUGAUGUAGGAAACACCGACACUCUCACCAAAGAUGUGCUUGGAAUGGCCGAGGGAAUGCUGGAAUCGGCGAAAUCGAAAGCCAUGAGGUUACGCAAGCGAAAGACGCCUGCGAUGUUGUGGAAAGAGCUCAAGCCCAGUAGCUUGACCUGGGAUGCUAAAACCGAUUAUACGGCGAUUGGGAAAGAGCCGGACUCCCCUUACGAUCAGAUCUUCAUGGUCUCCUCCCUAAACCACCACAUCUCAAUCCUCAAACUCACAGUCCACGAAGCCUACCUCGACUUCCUCGAGACCGAAAAAAUCCCCACCCACUUCCGACCGGAUCCACCUAUCCCGGCAGAUCAGGGCUGGUGUUCGCCAAGACUGGAACGCACGCAAUGGUACGACCUCUUCAAUGUUGAUGAGCGAGUUCAGGCUUUCAGGGCGUUGUGGGGAGCCAUGGCGUACCUUUCGCGGGAGAUUGAGAGGCCGACGGCUGGAGGUGCCGAUGGCGCGGAUGAUGAGGUUGCGUCGUAG